CAAUCAAAAUUUUCUGCACGUUAGUAUCUAAAUUUUUAAAUUUUACUUAAUGGUAUUCGUUAUGCUUAGAUAUCCCAGCCAUUUAUUUGCAUCCAAAAACAGUUUUAUUAAGUUCUCCAGCCGUGAGUACAGCGGAUCAGAUGAGAGCCAGAAAUCAGUCUUCGCCGACAUUAAGACGGCGCCACCGAUUGAGGUUUUUCAUUUGACAAAGCUUUAUAUGGAGGACAAGCAUGAGAAAAAAGUCAAUUUAGGAAUUGGCGCAUAUCGGACUGAAGAAAACAAGCCUUUGGUAUUGCCAGUUGUUAAAAAGUGUGAAUUGGAAAUAAUUAAAGACCCCAACAUGACUCAUGAAUAUCUACCCAUACUGGGCAAUGCAGAGUUUACAAAGGCAGCCACCGAACUCAUUUUAGGGAAGGACUGCAAGGCAAUAGAAGAAAACCGAAUUGUGGCUGCUCAAACUAUUUCAGGCACCGGUGCCCUUCGAGUAGCUGCUGAGUUCAUGAGCCAAGUUAUGAAGCGACGCACUUGUUACAUGCCACAGCCCACUUGGGAUAAUCACUUUGGUGUCUUUAAGGCAGCUGGAUUCAAGCACCUUAAGCAUUAUCCCUAUUGGAAUGCCAAAAAACAUAAAAUUGAUAUCUCCAAGCUUUUGGCGGCGCUUAGCGAAGCCCCAGAAGGAGCCAUAGUUGUAUUUCAGGCCGCGGCUCACAAUCCCACGGGCAUGGAUCCCACAAAAAAACAAUGGAAACAAAUUGCCGAAGUUAUAAAACAGCGUAAACUAUUCCCAUUGUUUGAUGUUGCAUAUCAGGGAUUUGCAAGUGGUGAUCCGGAUCGCGAUGCCUGGGCCGUAAGAUACUUUGUCAAAGAGGGCAUUGAAACAAUAAUAGCACAAUCUUUCUCCAAAAGCAUGGGCUUAUACAAUGAGCGGAUAGGCAAUCUGGUAGUCGUGUUGAAAGAUGCAAAGCAUGCCAAAGCUGUAACCUCACAGAUAACAAAUCUUAUUCGGAAUAACUAUUCAAAUCCGCCCGCGUUUGGCAGUCGUAUAGUUGCAAAGCUGCUGACAAGCGAGGAAAAUAAACAUAUUUGGCUACAACAUUUAAGCGAAAUGUCAGAUCGUGUGAAGACUAUGCGAAGAGAAUUAGCCGAAAGACUCACAGAGCUGGAGACACCCGGUACAUGGGAUCACAUUGUAAAACAGCGUGGAAUGUUCUCAAUGUUGGGUCUACAACCGGAACAAUGUGAAAAGCUGAUCAGAGAUAAGCAUAUUUAUUUGCUUCGAUCGGGUCGCAUAAAUAUCUGUGGAUUGAACUCGAAAAAUCUCGAAUAUGUAGCCGAAUCUAUAAGCGAAGUUAUUAAGGAUGCGAGUUGUGCAGCUGCUGGAGGUGAUAAUAAUAACGAGGCAAAUGGUUCGGUUGCGAAGGAAAACAGUGAAAAGGAUGUCAACAAGGAGAUAAUUAGUUCGACUGAAAUAGAUAACAAAAUUGAGGCAAGUGGUUCCUGUGAUAAGUAUAACAAGGAAGAAGCAAGUGAUUCCAAUGAUAAGAAUGACAUUAAGGAAACAAUUGGUUUGAGUGAUAAGGAUUGCAAUAAGCAGGUUUUUGCUUCAAAUGAUAAGGACAUCACUGAAAAGUCAAUUGGUUCGACUGAUAAGGAUAUCACUGAAGACUCAAUUGGUUCGUCUGAUAAAAUGAACACAAUGGAGGCAAUUGGUUCGGAAGAUAAGGCUUGCACUAAAGAGAUAAUUGCAUCGGCUGAUAAAGAUAACACAAUGGAGGCAAUUGAAUCGGUUGAUAAUGAUUGCCCUAAGCAGGUAAUUGGUUUGACUGAUAAUGAUUUCACUACAAAGUCAACAGGUUCGGCAAAUAAGGAGUGCACUAAAGAUAUAACUGGUUUGACUGAUAAAGAUAACACGAAGGAGACAAUUGGAUCGGCUGAUAAAGAUUGUACCAUACCGGUAUUUAGUUCGGCUGAUCAAGAUUGCACUAUUGAAAUAACCGGCUUAAGUGACAUGGAUUGCACUAAAGAAAUAACUGGUUCGACUAAUACGGAUUGCUCUGAAGAUAUAAUUGGUUCGAUUGAUAAGGCCAUCACUGAAGAGAUGGAUAGCACCAAAGAUAUAAUUGGUGCGGUUGAAAAAGAUAAGGAGGAAAUUGGUUCGAGUGAUAAGGACAUCACUAACGAGAUAAUUGGCUUAAUAGAUAAGGAUAAUAGGGAGAAGAUUGGUUUGACUGAUAAGGAUUGCACCAAAGAUAUAAUUGGUGCGGUUGAAAAAGAAAAGGAGAAAAUUUGUUCGAGUGAUAACGAUAUCACUAACGAUAUUAUUGGUUCAAUUGAUAAGGAUAAUAAGGAGACAAUUGGUUUGACUGAUAAGGAUUGCACCAAAGAUAUAAUUGGUUCGAUUGAAAAUGAUAAGACAAUUGGCUCAAGUGAUAAGGACAUCACUAACGAGUUUAUUGGUUCAAUUGAUAGGGAUAAUAAGACAAUUGGUUUGACUGAUAAGGAUUGCACCAAAGAUAUAAUUGGUUCGAUUGAUAACGAUAAGGAGUCAAUUGCUUCGCGUGAUAAGGGCAUCACUAAAGAAAUAAUUGGCUCAAUUGAUAAGGAAAAUGAGAAUGCAAUUGGUUCGACUGAUAAGACUUGCACUGAGAUAACUGGUUCGAGUGAUAAAGAGAUAAUUGAUGCGAGUGAUAAAGAUAACAAUAUGAGAACAUGUAGUUCGAGUGAGAAUACUGCCAAUUUGGAAUCAAAUAAAGGCAUAAAAAGCGAUGACUAACUAGAAUGAAAUUAAUGAGAGGAGGAUAAAAAGUAAAUAAUUUAUUUUAUUUCCACCUUAGCAAAGAAACAUGGCUCUCGUCGAACCGGAAGCUGAGAUUUCCUGCAUAUGACAAUGAUGUUUAUUAGGUUGUUCUAUGUACUACAUCCAAAAGCCCUUCAGUGAGCACAGCAGACCAACUCCUUUUGGUCCAAACGCCCUUCUACGCGAUUUUCAUGGCUUUAAGCACUGCUUACAAAUUUUUAUGUAUUACUUUUAAAGAACAAUCCCAGAUUAAAAAUAAACAAAAAAAAAUAUAUUUAAAAUAAAAAAUAGAUCUAUAAAUCGGACCAGAAAUACCGAUGUUAUUUAAGAGUGGAUUUGCAAUAGUGUUGGGCGCUUUACUGAGUAGAGAUACAAGGCUAACAAGCAAGCAUCCAAAUAGUCAACAUAGUCUUUGAAUAAGCAUUCAUAGCACAUUCAUCUUAAAUUUAUUUCGGUUUUGUUCCAAAUUUUCAAUUUUAUUUCCAUUAUGCUUAAAUUUUCAAGUUAUUCGCUUUUAUCCAAGCUAAAGUAACAAACCACCCAAUGAAUAUGUACGUUAAUAACCAAAAUAUUACUCAGUUUAUUCAAAUAUACCAGCCGUGACUAUUGCGGAUCGGACGACUGUGAGAAAUCUGCCUUCGAAAAUAUUAAAACAUUACCUCCCAUGGGGGUUUCUCAUUUAACAAAUCUGUUUCAGGAAGACAAGAACGAUAAUAAAGUAAAUUUAGGAGUAGGUGUGUAUCGAACCGAAGAAAGCCAGUCUUACAUAUUGCCGGUUGUAAAAAAAUGUGCAUUGCAAUUAGUUGAAAAUCCAGAUUUAAAUUUUGAGUAUUUACCCGUACUUGGGAAUCCAGAGUUUACAAAAGCAGCAACCGAACUCAUUUUAGGGAAGGACUGCAAGGCAAUUGAAGAAAAGCGUAUUGUAGGAGUUCAGACUAUUUCAGGCAGCGGUGCACUACGAAUAGCUGUUGAAUUUAUAAGCCAACAUUUAAAGAAACGAACUUGUUACAUGUCAAACCCUACUUGGAAGAAUCAUUCCCUUAUUUUAAAACAGGCUGGAUUUAAAACCCUAAAGGGUUAUCCCUAUUGGAAUGCAUCAAAACGAAAUAUUGAUAUACCCAAGCUAUUGGCUGCCCUUAAUGAAGCGAAUCAGGGUGAUGUUGUUUUGUUGCAGCCUUCAGCACACAAUCCGACUGGAAUGGAUCCUACUAAAAGACAAUGGAAGCAAAUAGCACAAGUUAUAAAAGAGCGCAAUCUGUUCCCAUUCUUUGAUGUUGCUUAUCAAGGAUUUGCAAGUGGGGAUCCGGAGCGCGAUACCUGGGCAGUUAGAUACUUUGUCAAAGAGGGCAUUGAAACAUUAAUAGCACAAUCGUUUUCCAAAAAUAUGGGCCUAUACAAUGAGCGCGUUGGCAAUCUGAUAGUCGUGUUGAAGGAAGCAAAGUAUUUUGAGGCGGUAGCUUCGCAGUUUACGAUUAUAAUUCGAACAAAUUAUUCAAAUCCACCUGCAUUUUGUAGUCGAGUUGUUGCAAAACUCCUAACGGACGAAAAUCACAAAAAAGAAUGG